AUGCCGUUGUCCGCCGUCACAUCUGUAGCCUUCGUGGCCCUUCUUCAGAUGCUUCCUGCUACGGCACAAAAUAUGUCAUAUGGAGCCAACAACUUCUACCGCAGCGACAACGUCACAAUGUGGCCGAUCACCUUCCCCAGUCUCUACCAGAUGACCGUCGCUGGCAACCUCUUUCUACCCGACAACCUCGAUCGCACCAUCAAUGCUUCUGCCAUCGUUGUUGGCCACCCAAUGGGGGCUGUGAAGGAACAGUCCGCCAACCUGUACGCUACGAAGAUGGCUGAGCAGAGUUUCGUCACUAUCUCAGUCGACGUUUCGUAUUGGGGCGGCAGUGACGGCGAGCCGCGCAAUGUCGUCCAUCCUGACGUCUACGCCGAGACCUUCAGCGCUGCGGUUGAUUACCUAGGCCUCCAGGACUACAUCGACCGCGAGCGAAUUGGUGCCAUUGGCAUCUGCGGCAGCGGCUCAUUCGUUCUGAGUGCAGCAAAAAUUGACCCGCGUAUAAAGGCUAUCGCAACAGCAAGCAUGUACGAUAUGGGUGCAGUAACCCGCAACGGUCUACAGCGAGCUCAGAGCCUCGAACAACGCAAGCAGGUCAUCGCGACCGCGGCGGCGCAGCGCUGGGUCGAAGCCAGUGGUGGAGAGACGGAGUACACCGGCGGAACUCCUCAGGCAGUCACCAACGAGACCGAUCCAGUGGGACGCGAGUUCUACGACUUCUAUCGCACGUCUCGCGGAGAGUUCACACCUGCAGGAUCAGCGCCAAACCUCACCACGUACCCGACGCUUUCCAGCCAGACCAAGUUCAUGAACUUCUACCCCUUCAGCGACCUCGAUAGCAUCUCUCCCCGUCCAGUGAUGUUCAUCUCCGGCGACAUGGCACACUCUCGCGAGUUCAGUCAGGACGCGUACGACGCUGCUGCAGAGCCGAAGGAGCUGAUCUGGAUUCCGGGCGCCGGACAUGUGGACCUGUACGAUCGCGUCGACUUGAUCCCGUUCAACAGGCUCACCGCGUUCUUCCAGCAGAACCUGGGCGAGUAG